AUGUCGCAGGGUAUGCGGGGCACAGGGAACGGCCCUCAACGGCGGAAUGUAGGAUCGCCCGCAAACGACGGGCCUCAGAAUCAAAGACGAGGAUCUAGACCAUGGAAUAACCAUCCUGGCGGAAAUAAUCAAUACCCCAAUGCGCGAGGUGGUGCUUACUCGAAUAACAACGGUCGCCGGUCGCCUGCCACUGAUCCGGACGCGUCUGACCGUCACCUUUACGACAGACUGCUAUAUCUACUCAUUCGUGCCGUUGGAAGUUCGGUCGUUGCGACAGUGCGCACAGGUGCGCGAUACUCGGGAAUUCUUUCUGCUGCACACACCCAAGGAGACGUCGGAGUUGUCGUGCGGUUCGCUCGUAAGAUUGCCGCCCCGCCCGGAGAGGAGCUCGACGACAAGGCAAAGGACGCAGUCAUAAGCACCUUGGUCAUCCAGCCGAAGGACCUGCUGGAUAUCAAAAUCAUGGAAGUCAAUAUCACAGAGUCACAAUCUACUUUCAGAACAGACACCGACAUCUCUGCUCGAGGAGGCGAAAUCAAACAGCGAGAGCUGCAGCCUUGGACUCCUGAUGAAUCCAUCCCCCUGGGCGAAUCUCUUGAUGACCUUUCAAACAAAAGUGGAGGAUGGGAUCAGUUUGCCGUCAACGAGAAACUCUUUGGCGUCCAGUCAACUUUUGAUGAGCUUCUCUACACGACUAAAGUCGACAAGUCCCAUCCACAGUACCAGGAGCGACUUGCCGAGGCUGAGCGCAUUGCCAGAGAAAUCGAAAGCCAAUCGCACAACGGAAACGUGCAUUUGGCCGAAGAGAGAGGUGUUGCGAUUGAUGACUCUGGUGCUGACGAGGAGGACAAGUACUCCGGCGUUGUCCGCGAUAAGGCUCAGCUGAGCAACUUGCAGUCUGAUUCGAACAAGUACACCCCUCCAGCGCUCAGACAAAAGUCGAUGGCGGAAGCUCUGAAAUCUGAUCCCAAGCCGAGCCCGCAAGAGCCAGCUAAGGAGACACAGCCGGCUCCCCAGCAAACCUCCACCCCUGCUCCAGUCGAUGCUGCUAUUAUAUCAAGCAAGAUCACCAGUCAGUCGUCAGGAUCUGUUCCAAAGGCUGCAUCAACACUAGCAUCAAUCAAGCCCUUUAUUCCCGCUUCGCGAAAGGCUGCUGCGGCUGAGGCAAUCGCUGGUUUGAUCAGAAAGGAUCCGGCACCGCCAAAGGAGAAGCCAUCGAUCGAAACAAAUACUUCUGCGACUGUGGCUGCUGCUCCCAAGUCCGCGACUAUAGCGGACGAUGCGAAGGCAGCAAACUCCUCGGAUUCUAAGGUCGCCGCUGUGCCCAAGUUCGACAACCAGCAGUUGGUUGGCGUGUUCAAAGAUUUCGUUCAUGGCGAGAAGGAGCGCAGUACCCAGAAGAAGCAUCAGCGAAUCCAAGAGGGCAAGAUUUCAGACCUGAGAGCCUUUUCAGAGAGCUUCAAGCUGUAUACUCCUGUACCUCCUGACUUGAUUCCUAUUCUGGCAAAGGACAAGGCGAAGCAGGAAGAGAUUAUCAACAGAUCAGUUGAGAACUCGAAGCAGCCUGAUGCCAAACGGCCUCUUUCGUCUGCAGCUAUGGCACAAACUGGAUCUGAUGCUGGAGUAGCGACUCCCAAGGGCUCCUCGCCGGCGCCACCUCUUAGCGCUCGGUUGGCUGCUACCCAGAAGCAGAAGGAAGAAGCUCCGACUUCUCAGAACAAGAAAGAAGAGCCAAAACCUGCCUCUCCAGCACUGCCCCCUCCGUCAUCAGCUGCGCCCAAAACCUCUCCGUCUCUUGCAUCAACGAAGCUCAAUGUCAACGCGCAUGAGUUCAAGCCCAACCCGUUUGCUUCCAGUUUUACCCCCUCAUUUGCUGCUCGGGCACCUUCAACAUCACCUUCGAUCGCUUCCGCAUCGGCGAGCGGUACGCCACGCAUGGCCAACAAGGCAAUGCAACCACCACAGCAAGAAAGCUCCACGUUCUUUUCGGCGCAAUGGAAGCCACCGGCCAAUCGCGCCAGCGUGCUUGCUGACUUCAAUCCGUUUUUGACGCUGAAAAAUGAAUACAAGGGAUCCGAGCCUUUUGUUUUACCAAGGGCUUAUAUGUCAGCGCCUACAUGGGUCCUGGAUGAUACCAAAGAAAUCUCACAUAUCGAGAUGUUCACGCAGCCCGAUCCUGUGAGCAGCGCGAGAGUUAUUGGAAUCCCGCCUCCAGCGCCCGCGGCGUUCUCCCCUCGUGGUGUUCCCACUCUCCCAUCUGGACAUGCCUCUCCUUCAGUUAGCGGUCCGGGAUCGCCAUUCGUACCUCCGCCGCCGAUUUUUGACGAGCCAGGUCGUGCUGCUGUCUUUGCAGGUGCGUCGCCUCCGAUCACGUCUCCCAGCGUUGCAGCACAGCAGAUGAUGCAUGGGCCCGGCUUCGUGCCUCCUGUGAUGUAUGGCCAGCAGCCACCCUUUUUCUAUAGGCCAGGCCCGGGACCGAAUGGGGCCAUGCCUCCUGGAUUUAUGGGCAAUGGACCACCACCGUCUCAGCAGUUCAUGCAGCACCAAGGGUAUCCCUACAUGGGCUCGCCGCAGAUGGCGCCCGCAGGAUAUGGUUCUCCCGGGCGAAACAGCCAUCAGGCUGCUAUGAUGAUGCCCAAUGGUAGUCAACAGGGUAACUUCAACGGUGGAAACGGUGGGAUGUACCAGCAGCCUCCAAUGCAUAUGAUGCGUGGUCCACCAAUGUCCAUGCCGCAAGGAGGACCUCAGAUGAUGGUGCACCCUAUGGCUGGCAACAUGCCGGCGCCUCCUCCGCCACAGCCGAAUGCGCAUCGACAGUACAACUACCCCGACCAGGGUCCUCAGCCUCCACACGUGCAAGCCCCGGUUCCGCAGGCCCCUGUUCAGACUGAGUAG